CAUUUCAACAUGUCAAUAUCAUCCCCUAUAUUUUUAUAAACUCUGCAUAAAAUUAAAAACUGUCAAAGUCUAAGGAACGAAGUUCGUGUUUAGAAAUUGUAGUAAAGAAAAUAAUAAUGUAACAUUAUAAAUAAUUCAUAAUUUUAUUAUUACUUAUUAGUGUUAAUUAAUCAUCAGUAUUGUGUAUUCAACAUUAGCAUAACCUUUGACCAAUAAUUGUAUUACAAUAACAACAUAAAAAAAUAUUUUGCCAGUGACAGUUGCGUUGUAAACUUUAAUCCCUAUUAUCUCAGUCUUCAUUACUUCACAAUUUGUGAAACCUUGAGCAGAUAUGGGUCCAACUAUCCCAGCCGUAACUAAGCUAACUAAUAAUGUAAUAAGAAUUCUAGGAUGUAAUCCAGGCCCUAUGACCCUCCAAGGCACCAAUACAUACUUAAUAGGGACUGGUAAAAAUCGAAUUCUGUUAGAUACUGGUGAUAAAAAUAUACAAGAAUACCAGAAUCACUUGGCACAGGUGGUGAAUCAGGAGCAAGUGAAUAUAGAGCAUAUUAUUGUGACACACUGGCAUCAUGACCACAUCGGAGGAGUUGAGAAUAUUUAUGGAAAAAUUGCUACUGAACCCAAAAUAUGGAAACAUCCAAGGAGCCAUGAUGAUGAAAAAGACCACAUACCACCUUUUAUACCAAUGAAUUGGUUAGUAGAUGGCCAGGAGUUGAGAGUUGAAGGGGCUACUUUAAAGGUUCAUCACACACCAGGUCAUACAACAGACCAUGUAGUACUUACACUGCUGGAAGAAAAUAUCCUGUUCAGUGGAGACUGUAUCCUUGGAGAAGGCACUGCAGUUUUUGAAGACCUGUACAGUUAUAUGCUGAGUUUGAAGAAAAUAUUAAACUUGGCACCUGAUGUUAUCUACCCAGGACAUGGAAAUGUUGUUGAUGAUCCAAUCACCAAAAUAGAAUAUUAUAUACAACACAGAAAUGAAAGAGAAAAGCAAAUAUUAGACACACUCAAGAAACAUCAGGAUAAGGCUUUAAACCAAAUGGAUUUGGUCCAAAUGAUUUAUAAGGAUACUCCAGAACAUCUGUGGCCAGCCGCAGCAUAUAAUGUGAGCCAUCAUUUAAAAAAACUGACAAAAGAAAAUAAAAUAAGCUGUGUCACUGUUGAUGAUGAGUCUAGAUGGCAAUACUCUGGGAAUAUGGACAGCAAUCUAUAGAUUAUGAUAUUAUUUUUUAUUAUGGCAAUACAUAUGUAUAAAUUGGAAGAGGUUUUUUUACACUUGUUGGCUGUUAUAUUUUGAUAUUACUUAAAAAAUAAUAAAAAUAUUAAAAUAGUAACAUUGUGUUUUUUUCUAUGAUAGGUAUAGUAUGUAUUAUUGUGAUAAAUAAAAGAAGAUUACUCCAUAAAUUAAC